CUUAUAAUAAAAUAUGUUUUUUUCGUUUAUAAUUAAUCAGUAAAAUAUAAAUUAUAUUACUAUUUAGUAAAUGACUUGUCAAAUAGUGUACAUUUAUUCGCGCGGUAAAAGUAGUUAUAAUCGAUAUGGACAUAUCGAUUCUCAUACGUAUCGUAUUAUUAGGUAAUAUUUCGAUUAUCGAAAGUGGCCAGGACUUAACUAUUUUAUUUGAAGUUACCGGCCAACAUCGUUCAUUGCGCUCAGUUCACAUUAUUUCUACAAGUUCUUUUGUGUAAUUUGUACUAGUGUGAAACUUGUAGAAAUUUGUAAUACUUAAGCAUAUGCUUCGCCUAAAAUAUAUUUUAUUAUUUUACUUAAUAAAAAAUUAAGUUUUAAAAAAAAAACUGGUUUGUGUAAUCUGUGAUUGCAUUACUGAGUAAAAAAUAUGGCUUAUUUUCAAUCGAACAUUGAAAAAACAGAAGAUUCCACAAAACCAAAAGAGUAUAGGCUCUAUGUAGCUAAUAUACCUGUGGAACUAAAUGAGGGUGGUGUUCUGCAAAUUUUUAAGCAUUAUGGAACAGUAACUGGACUUUUCUAUCUUCCAAAUACAACAUGGGCGUUUGUUAUAUACGGAACAUAUCGUGAAGCUGAAUAUGCUAUUAGAAGUCUUCAUGAUAAACCACCGUUACGUCUACAAGUAUCAUUUGGUAAAGAUAAGUCAUCUGUUGAAAUAAACCAGGAGAAAAUGUAUAUUCACAAAUCUUCAGAAAUUUAUAAAGAUAUAAUGCAAGAUUGUCAAUAUAAUGAAAAAGCACACACAGAAAGUGUAGAUAGAGGAACCCAUAAUAAUGCACUUCAUAAACGCAACCUUUUACCUAAAGUAUCUACUAGUACGUAUCAUGCAAAUGAUGGUUUAUUAUAUCCAGUACCAACUGAUCAAUGUAUAUAUGAUCCAUAUGAGAAUGCAGAAGCUGAUUAUAAAAAUACAUUAUGGGCAAGGGGUAAAGUAACAAUAACGCGUGAUGGAAAAAGACAUGUUUCUUAUGGACGUGGUUAUACUUCAUACGAAAUACCUGAACCACAUCCUGAAACUGAAAUAUUGAUUAAAAAAAUUUAUGAUAAACGUUUUAAUGGUUCGUAUGAACAUGGUCAAGAUUCUCUAAAACAAAAACUAGGGACAUGUAUAUCUUGUAACAAAAUAACACCCGUGAGAUGCGGGAAAUGUUAUGCUUUCUAUUGUAGCAAAGAAUGUCAAGUAACAGAUUGGCCACGUCAUAAAAUUGAAUGUCAACAAAUACCUACAUUGAUAGAAGAUGUAAAAUCUUUAUCAACAUCAAGCAGUGAAGAACAAAUUGGCACGACAAACUUGGCACAAGCUCAGAAAACAUUACGUCGUCCGAAACAAUCAAUAGAAGUUCUAUUAAAUAAAAAUGCAGAAAUCGGAAAUAACAAAUGUACAGAAGUUAAAAGUACUGAAUCUUCCGAGAAACGAAAUGUUGAAAAUAAUUUUCAAAUUAAGACUACUGAUAAAAAUGAUAAGAUAGAACAUAAAGAAUACAAAUUGGAAACAACUAAAAAAGAAGUUAUAAAUAAAUGUACAAACAAAAAUGACUUUGAUCUAACAAAAAUUGAGAAAGAUGUCAUAUUUGAAAAAGACACAUUUUUAUCAAAAUCAAGAUUCACGGAUGUUAAAAUCAUAGGAUUUUCGGAAAGAAGAGAAUAUUGGGUACAUAAAGUAGAUCAAGAAAAGAUUUUUCAAGAAAUGAUGCUUGAUUUGCAAAAUAUAGUUCAGAGAAUGCCUAGAACAGAUCCGAUUAUUGGUGACAUAUAUGGUUACAAAUUUGAAAAUCUGUGGUAUAGAACAAAAAUAAUAUCUCUCAAUCCUAUUAAGAUUUUUUACGUCGAUCAUGGCGUUACUGAAACGGUUGAAGUAAAUGAUUUUCGUGAAAUCAACGAUUUAAAGACUAUGAUACCAUUUGCAAGAAAAAUUCGUUUAAGUAAAAACACACCAAAAAAAUAUGAACAUUUAAAAAUCGAUCACAUUAUAACUGUAAAGCCUGUUGCUUUUGAAGAAAGUGUGAUCAUUGUAGAUGUAAAAAAUGGAAAUGAAAAUAGUAACAACUCAAACGAACUUUUAAGCUUCGAGUCACAGUCAAAUAUUAAAAGUUAUACGACAAUAACUAAAAAUGAUACUUCUAAGAUGACUUCCAAUCUUUUUUCGAAUAUCAGUAAAGAAAAAAGUAUUAACGAGGAUACAAAAAGUAAAUAUUUUUCUCCAGAUGCCAACAAAAACAAAUAUAAAAACGACUAUAAAAGAAAUAAAAAUAAAACAAUACCAAGUUGUUUACCAAACGUGAUAAAUUUUUUGUCAGUAAAUGUAUGUGGAUUUUUGAAAGUUAAUGUAAUACUUCAUAACAAAACAUAUGGAAUUACCCUUCGACCAAACGAUUUGAAUUUGGAUUUUAAACAAAUUGUAACAAAUUUACCUGAAAAAUGUGCCUCUGUAAAAUUGAACCACGAAUACAAGCCAAAUAUUGGAGAAUUAAUAUGUGGUCAAGAAGAGAAUGGUGAUUGGCAUAGAGGUUUUGCAGUAACUCUCCAUCCAAUAAAACAAUUAGCAAUUAUUGAUAAAACAAAAAUAAUACCUAUUAAGAAAAUUGUCCCGUAUCCUAACGAAUUUCUUAAUAUAUGUGUAUUUGGUGUUGUGUGUGAAAUAACUACAGAUAAUUUUCAAUUAUUAACAAAUAAUCAUUAUGAAUUUAAAGUAAUAAAUUGUAAAGAAGAAGUCAUUAUUGAAAUUCAAAUAGAUGACAAAAAUAAAAUAACAGGUAUUUUAAGAUCAUGGGAACCAAUACCUGAACAAAGUGGCAUUCAAUUAUCUAGAUUGAAAAAUGGAUCUGAGGUUUGCAUUACUUUUUACCACAGUCAUUAUUUAAUGUACGUUCGUUCUCUGGAAACAGAAGACUCGGAGGAAUUUAAUAAACUCAUGCAAAGAGUUGCAAAAUGUGCUCAAUCUGCUGUAUAUCUCAAAGAGCCUCCAGUAUUGGGGGAGAUGAUAAUGGCACAAUUCAUAGAUAAUAAUUUUUAUCGUGCAAUUAUUACGAAAAUACAGGGGGAAGAAGCAAGUAUUUCGUAUAUAGAUUUUGGAAAUACUGAAAAAACAUUGUGGAAAAAAUUACGAAUAUUGCCUAAUGAUUUGAAAAUGCAUCGAUCGUGUGCCGCAAAAAUUUAUUUGAAAGAUGUACCAACUGAUGUUGUAAUGACCAAAGAAGUGACGGAUUAUCUUCUUGAUCUAACAGGUAGAGAAGUACCUUUAAAAUGUAUUUUUGACGGUACACCCUCUAAAGAUGGUGUAUAUUUAACUACGGCAAAUGGAGAAAGUAUUAACGAUAAAAUAAAAAAAUUGCUUAUACCAAGUUGGGAUAGAAAAAGUGAUGAGGAUAAAAUCGUUUAUAUGAUAAACGAUAUAAAUAUAUUUCCUUUGGGAGAUAUUGGUGAAAUUGUCAAUGUUCUGGUUUUAUCAACUAUUAAAGAAGGUGUUGAUUAUUUCAUGUGUCCUCUGGAUAUUGAACUGAUAACGCAUAUUAACGAAAUUUUGCCUCCAUUGAUAAAUAAAUACUGUGAAAAAACAGAUUAUUAUAUUCCCCGAAGAAACGAAUUAUGUUUAAGCUUAUACAACAAUAAUUGGUAUCGCGCGGUAUGUUUAUCUCCAACAGAACUAAAAGAUAAAUCUAUUGUAUUUUACAUCGAUUAUGGAAACUGCGAAGAAGUUUUACACAAAAAUAUUAGACCAAUGAUACAAGAUUUUUUAAUACCUUCUGCUCUUGCUAACAUGUGCACUGUCGUUAAUUUAGCUCCAAAACUGGAAAAUGGAUCUUAUUCUGCUCAAGUAUUAAACAAAAUUUCGGAAUUAGUUAAUCCCAAUACGAUCUGUCUAGCCAAGAUCGUUGAUUUUGAUAGUGAAGGAAAUUAUAAGAUUGAACUUCCAGAUGUUCGUGAUAAAUUAAUUAUGGAAAAUCUAAUACCUCCCUAUUAAGGCAAAUACAUCAUUAUUUUACGUUUA